AUGUCGGUUGCCUAUCGUAUCAACACCACACGGGACGGACGGCCAGUCAAUCACGACCCUGUCACUAUUACAGUGGGACCCGUGGAUGCUAAUGGUCAGGUGAUCCUCCAGGCCACUGGUCCCUAUUUCAACGACCCCGGCGUGACAGCUAACAGCACGGCCGGACAGCCGUUCAUGGGACUGUGGGACUAUGAGGUUGCCGAAGUUUUCUUUUUAUAUGACAGAAAUCAAUAUAUGGAAGUGGAACUUUCACCGAACCUUAUGUCCAUACUUAACGCGUAUGCUAACCACGGGUCGGGAACAGGACGUACGUACGAGGUCUUGUAUCCUGUGCCGACCGGAAAAUAUUCCGACCCAGACUUCCAUAAACUGGACUGCUUCCAACACAUGGACUUCCGUCAUCUGCUCCCGAACAACUGGAGUCCGCACUACACCAGCCCCGAGUGGGACCCAAUCGUCGCAGUCGGCUAG